AUGGGGUACUAUUCCGCUAAGUUCGCUUCUUUUGAUGAGGCCAAAGAAUACGUAAACAAGCUCACGGUUGAACCUAGUAAUGAAACUAAGCUCAAACUGUAUGCUCUAUUUAAACAGGCAACAAUUGGGCGAAAUGACAAUCAAAAACCGAGUUUAAUAGAUUUUGUAGGAAGGGCUAAAUGGGAAGCAUGGAGCCAACUCAAAGAUAUGAGCAAGAAUUCAGCAUCGGAGGAGUACGUCAGACUUGUUGAAUCUUUGGCCGUUCCGGUAAAGAAAAAUGAGAAAUCCAGUCUUGCUCCUACACAUUCGGAUGAUCUAGGUGAGCUGGUGACAUCAACGCGCCACAAUGGAGUCCGAAUAAUUACAUUGAAUAGGCCGGAGAAAAAAAAUGCAAUAAGCUUAAAGACAUGGUAUCUCUUUCACAAACGAAAAAUCGAGGAAUAUUUAUGA